AUGAGCUUCACACAAACUCAGAGUUUCGGAAGGUUUCUGGUGCUCCUGUGUUUCUCUUUGAUAAUAACAAUCUCAUCUGGAGCCACCACCAUUUCUGCGAACCAGCCUCUGUCUGGAGACUACACAAUAAUAUCUGAAGGUGAACAAUUUGAGCUGGGUUUCUUCAAAGCAGGUAACUCUGCCAACUAUUACAUAGGCAUUUGGUAUAAGAAGAUCAAGUCCAAUCCUCCCACCAUAGUUUGGGUGGCAAACAGAGAAACACCAAUCUCUGAUAGAUUCCGUUCAGAAUUAAAAAUCAUUGAUCGUAAUUUGGUGCUCUUGAAUGAGUCCAAGGCCCAGAUUUGGUCCACAAAUGUCACAACCACCACCACCACCACUUUGAACUCUGCAACAGCUGUUAUUCUUGAUAAUGGUAACUUAGUUUUGAGAGACUCCGGUUCAAAUUCAAUUGAACCUUUUUGGCAAAGUUUUUACCACCCAACUCAUACUUGGUUGCCUGGUGCUAAAUUUGGUUAUGAUAAUAGAACAAAAAAGAACCAGGUUCUUACAUCAUGGAGAAGCAAAGACGAUCCUGGUGUAGGAUUCUUCUCUUUCGAGCUUCAACCGUCUAGUAAUGACUAUCAUAUGAAUGAGAAUGAGAGUUACUUCACUUAUUCUGUGUAUAAUCCUUCCAUUAUAUCUAGAAAUAUAAUGGAUGUUUCUGGUCAACUUCAGCAACUAACAUGGUUGGAAGCUACCAAAGAGUGGAAUUUAUUUUGGUCUCAACCUAGAAAGCAGUGUGAGGUCUAUGCAUUAUGUGGGUCUUUUGGGAUUUGCCGGCAGUCUGGAUUACAUUUUUGUAAUUGCUUGACUGGAUUCAAUCCUAGAUCAGAGAGUGAGUGGAAUCAGAGUGGUUUCUCCAGUGGGGUCAAGAAUCUGCCUCCAAAUAACUCUGUAGCAGUUGGGAGUGCUGGUGAAUGUCGUACCACCUGUAUGAAUGAUUGCUCGUGUAAUGCUUACUCAUUUGUCGGUACUCAAUGUUUGGUUUGGGAUGGAGAUCUCUUGAACCUCUCAGAAGACGAUGGUAGUUCCAAUACAAUCUACAUUAAAGUUGCUUCUAAGGAUCUUCUUCAUCCUAAAAAGAGUAAUCCGAUCACGGCCAGUGUUAUUGCUUGGUUGGUGGGAGGUGUGAUUCUUGUCUUGGGUCUAAUUUUGGGUUUAUUCUAUGUAAAAAAGAGGGUAUCGGUGGCAAAGAUGGAAAUGGUAGGAUCGCUGGUGGUGUUCGCCUACAAAGAUAUAAAAAGAGCCACCAAAAAUUUCUCAGACAAAUUAGGAGGAGGUGGUUUUGGCUCCGUUUUUAAGGGGGUACUUCAUGAUUCAUCCAUUGUGGCAGUGAAAAAGCUUGAAAGCAUUAGACAAGGAGAGAAGCAAUUCAGGAGCGAAGUUAGCACAAUGGGUAUAAUCCAACAUGUUCAUCUUGUACGUCUUCGUGGGUUUUGUGCAGAAGGUAACAGCAAGUUAUUGGUGUAUGAUUACAUGGAAAAAGGUUCUCUAGAUACCUAUCUUUUCUGUGGAAAACAAGUUCUAAACUGGGAAACGAGGUAUCAGAUUGCACUUGGAAUUGCAAGAGGCUUGGUUUAUCUUCACGACAAGUGCAGAGACUGCAUCAUUCACUGUGGCAUAAAGCCAGAUAACAUUCUUUUAGAUGCUAAUUUCCAACCAAAAGUUGCUGAUUUUGGGCUGGCAAAGCUUGUUGGUAGGGACUUUAGUAGGGUGUUAACAACUACAAGGGGGUCAAUGGGGUAUCUAGCGCCAGAAUGGAUAUCUGGGGUGCCCGUCACAGCUAAAGCAGAUGUUUAUAGCUAUGGAAUGAUGCUUUUUAAAUUAGUUCAUGGAAAGAGAAAUGUCAUGCAUUGUGAAUAUUCAAGCAGUACAUUCUACCCAGGUUUGGUUUCAAAUGUUCUUAUGAAGGGAGGUGAUAUCCUUAGCCUGCUAGACAGUAGGUUGAACAGGGAAGCUUGUGUUGAAGAAGUCACAAAAAUUUUCAAAGUUGCAUGUUGGUGUAUCCAAGAUGAGGCAGAGAGUAGGCCUGCCAUGAGUCUGGUGGAAGGGAUUCUUGAAGGGGUCUCAGAUCACAGAGCAACUCUUCGCGUGGUGACCCCCAAUCAAAGAGCUCAUCAUCUUAAAGAUAAUAAUGGCCGGGAGAAAUAGGCCCGCCCUAGAACGUGGAUGAUAGGGGAACUGUCUAGGGCCCAAUUUUUAAAUGGGCCCAAAAAUUUUAUAACAAUUGUUAUAUUUAGAAGAUAGUACAGGGCCGGACGCAUGAUUUUACAGUAUGGGUGUCACGAAAAAGUCAAGGGUUGCACGAUAGUAGAAAAAAAAUAAAAUUUUCAAAAAAUUUUGAAAAUUUUUCCACUGCUUCCGGAAAAGUCAACGAUACUACUACUGACCCAACCUAAAUGCACCCCGGAUAGUAUAACUAAUUUUCUUUUAAUUAUUGAGUUAUUAUAAAACAUUUGAUGACAUUUGCGUAUUUUAAGGGCUCAUUUUUUUCUUUCCCACUGGGCCCAAAAUAUGUUUGGAAUAGCCCUGCUGAG